AUGGAUCAGCACAAGUAUCGCACGGCGGGCGUCCAGGAGAAGCUGGAGAUCGUCGGGGUGGAGGACGAGGCCGGGAACCCCAUCAGCGCCCUGACCAUCCUGUCCCUGCUGGAGCGCGUGGCCGGCAUCAUCGACAACGUCCAGACCUGCCAGCAGCGCAUGGAGGAGCGUCAGCUGGAGCUGGAGAACAACAUCAAGACCAUCCAGGGGGACGUGCUGAAGCUGGCCAAGGACCACACCACCACCAGCGGCACCGUGGAGAAGCUGCUCCAGAAGACCCGCAAGGUCAGCGCCAACGUCAAGGAGGUGCGGACCCGCGUCGAGAAGCAGAACGUCCGCGUCAAGAAGGUGGAGAGCACCCAGGACGAGCUCCUGACCCGCAACAGGUUCCGCGUCGUCAUCUACCAGGGUGAGACCCAGAUCCCCUCAGUGGCUGUCACCAAGGCCCCAAAGGGGCCGGGCUUGGAGGGGCUGGAGAUCGAGCCAGACUCCUACGACAUCCCCGCCGACCUCUCCUCUGACGAGGAGUACAUGAGCGUGGAGGAGGCCGACUCAUCACGGGCUGCUCGCCUUAAGAAAUCGAUGAUGAAGGGCACGGAGACCAUCAAAGCCGCCUUCUCCAAGGAGAACAUGGCCAAGACCAAGGACAACCUGGGCACCAGGUUCCACAACCUGGGCGAGAAGGUCGUCCCGCCCGAGCGCAGGGAGAAGAUGCACCAGGCCGGCGAGCGGAUCAAGCAGUCAGGCGAGCGGCUGAAGGAGAACAUCUCAAAGAAAGCACCCACCAAGGAGUCGUUCCGUAUCAAGCUGAAGAAGGAGCGGACCGUCGCCGAGGGCCAGGAGGGGGCAGAGGGCGCCGGCGAGGCCAAGGACACCGUGGCACCGGCAAAGGGUAGAAAGAGCCCGGGCGUCACCUACACUGAGGUUGUCACAGAAACCAAGAGGGAGGGUCCUGUGGAGGAGGCUGGCGCCACCCGGAUAGCAGAGGAUGAUGGGAUGGAGGAGGGUUAUGGCAGGAAGUAG